CGUUAGUCUUGAGUGGGAUCACCUCAUCGAGACCGUAUAUAUUCUGUGAACUAAACCUGUCCUUCUUAACAAUUAUCACUACUCAAAUAUCCAUCGAACACAGCAAUUGAACGACUACAAAAUGGCUUCUCCGAAAAUCAUCCUCUACACUUACCACGGAUGCCCCUUUGCGCACCGGGCCCAUAUCGCCCUGAAGGAGACAGGCGUUGACUACGAAGAGGUCAUUAUCGACAUCAAGAAGCCUCGUGAGCCCUGGUAUCUCGAGAUCAACCCGCGCGGCCUCGUCCCUGCUAUCUCCUACAACGGCGAGAUCCUCAUCGAAUCGGCUAUCGUCGCACAGUUCAUCGCUGAUGCCCACCCCUCUCACCUCCUUCCUCCGUCGGGCCCCGCAGAGAACGCCCUCUACCGCGCGCGGGUGAGCCUCUUCGCCGAUGCCUUCAGCAGCAAGGUCAUGCCGAAUGUGAUGGCUGGUGUCAGGGCUGCCUCGCAGGAGGAGCGUGAGACCGCUGGUGAUGCGUUGGUUGAGGCUGUGGCUAAGGAGAUUGAGCCGUUGUUGAACAAUGAAGGCAAGGGGCCUUUCUUUGGGGGUAGUGAGAAGUUGACGUUUGCCGAAGUCCUCACCGGUUCAUUCCUCCUCCGGAUCCUGGCUUUCACGAAGCCGGAACAUAAUCUGAACAGCACCAGAGUCCCGGCCCUGCUGAAGGAAAAUGCACCCAAGUUCUUGCGCUGGGCGGAGGCUACUGUCGCUCAAGAGAGUGUCAACUACAUCUGGAAUGAGCAGGCUGUGGUGGAACACACGCGGGCCAAGUUUGCGCAUAAGCCGUGAUAUAGUUCUCCGUGUGGAAAACCAGUAUAAUAAUAGGCAAUUGAUAUAGGGCCCUAUCCCUGUUCUAAAUAAAUGACUGCAGCCUGACGUGAUGCUCGGGUCGCCGCGUGUUAGGGAAAGCCGAGUCCCAUGGUUAGAGCCCGUUGAUGACAACACGCAAGGAACUCAUGACAGCCGGCCGGAUAUUUUAUGCCUGCGAGGAAUGCUGGCCACGUGUGCAGCGCAGUACAUUUCUUAUUCGUAAACAUCUACUCAAGAUCACAUACAUAGACAUCCUAUACAUAAGCCACAGUACAAAGUGAAGAACUGCCUACGGUCAGGGGACUCGUGUCGGCAUAGUCACGUGCGGCAUCUCCCCACCAUCACCGCAUCCAAAGCCGCAAAGCACAACAAC